AUGAAGUCGCUGUCAGUAUUUGCGACGCUGCUGGGCCUCCUGGCCGCUGGGCCUUGCAGCGCCCUCUCCACGGUUACUCUGCCCGUCGACUUCAAGCCCCCACCAGUCUUUAAGAACACCAACCUCGUGCAUGUGAUUUCGGUCGAGAAGAGCUAUGCAAAGGAGCAGAUCAACGUCCUGCUCGAGAAUGUGGCCAGCGAGCCUCAGUCCGAGUACUUUUUGCCGUUUACCGCCAGUCAGAUUGCGCGGGUUGGUGGCCUCGAGGCCAAGGACCGCAAGGAUGACAAGAUCGGGCCCUUUGGUGUCGACUUGGUGGAGUAUGAUGGCUCCAACGACGUCCAAUACUACCGCAUCACUCUUCCGACGCCUCUCAAGGCCGGCGGCCAGUACCCCCUCGCCAUCUCAUGGUUCUACCUCGACUCCUAUCGCCCUCUGCCAGCCUCAAUUGCUCAGGACGAACAGCAAUUCCUGGUCUACGACUUCUCCCUGUACGCCCCGUCGGCUUACCCGACCCUGAAGCAAAAGACAGAGGUCAAGUUCUCGACAGUCACCAUCCCAGACUACACCAAGACUACCGGCCCUGAAGGCAAGGAGUUUCCGGAGAAGCUUGGCAGUAAGAUGCUGUACGGACCCUUUGAUGAGCAGCCGGCCGGCGCCUACUUCCCCGCCCAGGUCAGAUUCGAGUUCACCAAGCCCGUGAUCCACGUUGAGACGCUCGAGAGAGACAUUGAAGUCAGCCACUGGGGCGGCAACGUUGCGUUUGAGGAGAGGUACACCUUGUACCAUCGAGGGGCCAAUCUAUCCUCCUUGUUCAACCGUGUCAAGUGGGCCCAAUCUCAGUUCUACCAGCCUGCGACCGUGGCACUGAAGGAGCUCAAGUUCCCUCUUCAGGUCGGCAGUGUCGACCCCUACUUCAUCGACACCAUUGGCAACGUGUCGACCUCUCGAUUCAGGAGCAGCAAGCGGGAGGCCAUGCUGGAACUGAAGCCCCGGUACCCCGUCUUUGGCGGCUGGAAGUACCCGUUCACCAUUGGCUGGAACACCAACGCGGCCAACGUGCUGCGCAACACCGCCAGCGGAGGCCAUGUGCUCAAGGUGCCCUUUUUGGAGGGACCGAAGCAGGUGGAGGGUGUCGAGUACGGCGAGGUCAACGUCCGAGUCCUCUUGCCGGAGGGAUCCGAGAACGUCAAAUUCUACACCAGCAUCCCUGACUCAUCGAUUGUCGAGACGUCCAUUGGUGUUCACAAGACGUAUCUCGACACGGCUGGCCGGACAGCUGUUACCAUCAAGGCCAAGAACCUGGUGGACGAACAUCGAUUUCGGGACCUCGUCAUCUCCUACGAGACGCCAUUGACUGGCACUCUGCGCAAGCCCGUGGUUAUCUUUGUCAGCAUGCUUGCCGUCUAUGCCGCGGCAUGGGCGGUUGGAAAGGUGCAGGUGGGAUUCUCAUCCAAAUAA